UGGGGUAUCAUAUUCAAAUGUAUGACAACAAGUUGCAUACAUCUUGAUCUUUUGGAGAACAUGGACACGGAUGCCUUCCUGAUGGCAUUAAGAAGAUUUGUAUCACGACGUGGUAAGCCAUAUGAGAUACUGGCUGAUAGAGGCACAAAUUUCAGAGGAGGAGCCACUGAACUCCAGGAAGCCUUCACAUCGUUACAAGGUCCACUUAAGGAGCAUCUAGCCAGCCAGGAAAUUGCUUUCCAGUUUAAUCCCCCACAGGCUCCACACUUUGGAGGAACCUGGGAGCGAGAGAUACGGUCAGUGAAAAGUGCUCUUCAGGUAGUCUUGGGCAAUCAAACAGUGACUGAAGCACUCUUGCGUACAGUGCUGGUAGAGGUUGAGGGAAUUCUCAACUCUAAGCCAAUCGGCUACGUUUCAUCAGAUGUUGCCGACCCAGACCCUGUUACACCGAAUCUGUUACUGAUGGGUCGUCGAGAUGCCUCACUCCCACAAGCAAUCUACUCCUCUAGUGAUUUGUUAGGGAAAAGACGAUGGCGACACAGCCAAAUUCUAGCUGAUCACUUCUGGGUAAACUUUAUCCGGCAUUACUUACCAAGCCUUCAGCCCCGCCAGAAAUGGCAAAAGGACACUGCCAAUCUGAGUACUGGACAGAUCGUUAUGAUAGUUGAUCCACAGUUGCCCCGAGCUUUGUGGCCUAUUGGCAGAGUGGCUAAAACAUUUGCAGGAGUAGAUAAUCGCAUACGUACUGCAGAAGUGCAAGUGAAAGGGCGCACUUAUCUACGGCCUGUUGCCCGGUUAGUUAAGUUGCCAUCGUGGGAGGAUGAGGAAGGAAACAGUAACUAACACGGAGACUUUCCUAACUAAUUACAAAUUAAAUACUAAAUUUGGGGGCGGCAAUGUAGAAAAGUAUUUUCCUUUAGUUUCAGUUACAUCUUUUACCACUAGAGGGUGCAUAUGUUCCAUUUUACUGAUACCUAUACACUGAUACCUUCCCUUUAAGACACUGAGCACAUACACUACAAGUGCUGGGUCACGGUGAGCAACCGAACUUUAAAGUUGUGUGCGUUCAUGCAGAAAAACCACACAUACAUGCAGAUACAGACUCCAAUGCCUUUUGCCUGUAUUGUAUACCUUAAUGCUCACCAAUGUGGAUUGUAAAACCCAACUCAUUAAAGCUUUCUUGGAUGUUACUCUCUGA